CUUUGCCAGCGGUAUGCGCCGUGGGCUCUGCGCACAUGGGCUACAAAAAGCAACAUGGCGGCCGAAAGUCUCUCAAAAGAGACUCUGCGAAAUGCAAUAAAAGAUAUUUUACAAGACGCGGAAUUGAGUGAACUUACUUCCCGAAUCGUGAGGAGCCGUCUUGAAGAAAAAUUUAGCGUCAGCCUCAAAGAAAGGAAAAAAGAGGUUGAUGCAUUGCUAAUGCAAACUAUCCAGGAAAAGGAAGCCGAGAACACAGACAAAAUAGGAGAGAAAAACAAUGCUGAGAGAAGUGAUGAAGAGAGUGAAAUAAGUGAAAAAGGGGACACUGAAAAAGUAGUACACAAAGCAAGCAAAAAGCGUGUAUUGAAGAAGUCCCCGGCUACACCUAGCAAGAGGUCCAAGCCUAUUAGCAGUGCUGAGGUACCGGAGUCCGACUCUGAUGAGGAUGUAGAUGAUGAGAAAAUUGCAAGGAAGCUGCAUGAGAAUGAAAGAGGCUUAAGAGCCAGGAAACAAUCAGUCAAGAAAGCUCAGAAAACACCACAAAAGAAGGAGCCAUCUGGUACAAAAGGAAAAACAGGUUUUGGCAAGUUGAUGGUGCUGUCUCCUGAGCUGGCUGCUAUACUUGGCCAGGACAAGAUGUCCAGGUCUGAUGUAGUCAAAGGCAUGUGGGCAAUCAUUAAAGAAAGAAAUCUUAUGGAUCCCAAAGAUAAACGAUUUCACAUCUGUGAUGACCAGUUAUUGAAGGUCUUCGGAACAAAAAGGGUAAAGUCAUUUUCAAUGAUGAAGUACCUGAAGCACCACGUCAAAGACCCGUCACUCAUUGCAUGAUUGUCAAAUUGAAUGCUUCGUUCAUUGCAUGAAGAUUAGGUCAUUCACACCAAGAGGUAUGAUUAACAUAGGAAGAACACAAAUAGAGGAGCUUUACUUGUCCACAUUUGUAUGCCAGAUGAUGAGCUCCCAAAUGGCUUUCAAACCUUUUAAGGUAGAAAGACUUUACGUUACUUGUGGAUAGGUGGUUUUGACAGUGUCAAGCAGGAUGCCUUAUCAGGCUUGUAACCAUGAUUUUGAGCUGGGAGGGGUUCUUUACCCAUUUAGCGAACCAUAUUCCCUUAGGUAGCUCGCCUUAGCUUGCAGUGGUGCUUAAUUUACCUUUAUUAGAGCGGACCUUCCAGUCGAGUUGGGGAGGGGGGGGGGGGGGGGAAGGGAGUUCUUCCAAACCCCCACCCCCCGCCCCUGGCUAUGGCCUGCUCAUUCAACUGAGACAACUUUAGUAUUGAGUGCAACAUACUAGAAUAUGAGAUACAGCAAUCUGCAGUAUUGUUUUUAAUCCCCAUACAAUUGUAUUCAAUUUCAUUUUAUCAAUCUAUCUUUUCCAUUCCAUUGUACAGAAUACAUUAUCAGGUUUAUUUCUAAUACUAAGAAUUUCGUAUGUUGCUCAUACUUGGCCUCCCUGCUAACAGUAGUGCGCAUGUGAUGUGUUGGAAGGGAAGUGCCGUGCAAUGGAAGGCUUAAUUUUAUGUUACACAGUACCUGUAACAUCAAACGAUUUUUGUGUCCUUACAUGGAGAGGAAUUAGGUAAAGGAGCUAGGCAUUUGUGUUAAUGCUGUUGAAGUUGGAUGGGUGAAAUACACAACAGACAUAGUAAAUACUAAUGCUUCUUAGCCCUGCAAUAGAUAAAUAUAAACUAGAAAUCCGAAUUAAAGCAGCCAGACUUAAAUUUA